AUGCCUCCGAAAGCACCGCGCAAAAGCGGGGGGAAGAAGGCUGGGGGAACAACAGUAGCGAGUGGAGCAGCAUCCAAUCUGCACUUGGAUGAGAGGCCGAUCCGAGCGCAGGAUGGCAACAACCUAGCGAAGCAGAUGCAGAAACUCGACACACAGGUCGCAAAAUGCAAGGCAGGCGUUGCAUGGAUCGAUCUGCUCGCGAUCAAAAAUGAGGCGGAAACGAACAAGCUAAUAUCGUCGUUCAGGGGCUCUGGGGUUGUGUCGAUGAAGAUGAAGGCCGCGAUUCCGAUCAUCAUCGACACGAAGCGAAUCAAGACUGGACUGGAGCUGGCAGCGAACUUUGAUGACCCAGACGACGUACCUCAACUUGAGCUUAAGGACAAGGACGACAUCGUUGUAGCGUCUGGACAGCAUCGUCUGUCAGCGCUUCGCCGAUAUGUGCAGCAGCUUGAAGACGAGUAUGCAUCGCUUGAGAAGAAACGAGGGAAGAUAUCGACGCUGAAGCAUCUCACCGAAGAUCACAUUUAUAGGGUCAAAAUAGAAAUAGGUUUCAAACUUGUGAAAAAAUAUCUUUUGGCGGGCUGGUACAUAUCAUAG